UGUUCAGCGUCCUUAGAUUCCUCCCGGUGAAGAAAACAGUGCGAACGAACCGCUUGAAAACAUUCCACCACUUUUGCUAACAGGUUUAGCGUUCAUUCUGCUACCCGAGGCUAUGGCCAUUCAUAACCUGUACAACUAGCCUGUAAGUCACGCUCUGCGGUCCAGAUAUGACUGUAGUCGGGCUGCUCUGUUGUGGGAGGAGAAACGCUACAUGGCUUCGAGUGGCCGUGCGCGUGCCCGCGGUGUUUUGGCGAGAGAAGGCCUCCUACACGCAAGGACAGAGUCCGGAGGCGCGCAUCCGCGAGUAUUUCUACUACAUUGAUCAUCAAGGACAGCUCUUUUUGGAUGAUACCAAAGUGAAGAACUUUGUCACUUGCUUCAAAGAUCAACAGUUUCUUGUGUUCUUCUUUAAACAAUUGAAAGUCAAUCAGACUGGCCGUUACCAACAGCACUUCCCCUUUAUCUCACUGUGUGGACGUGAGAGGAACUUCCUACGCUGUGAUGAUCUUCCAGUUGUCUACACUCACUUGUUGUCUGAGUCGGGCUGUGAGGAACGUCUGUCAUACUGCGGAGGCGGGGUUAAACUGACAGUUCCAUUCCAACCACAAUCCUUGUUCAUGCAUCCAGUCAGUGGCAGAGUGUACCACCCUGCUCCUGAGCAUGUAGGGGGUGUUGGAUUGGUACGCUCUGCACUGUCCAUAGAGCUCAGCCCUCACUUUCAGUACUCUGCAGGGCAGGACAACACUUCCCAGCCUACUCAUUUCCUAUGGGCCGGGCAGCAACACACACUGACCAAUGAGCUGUCCAGACGUUUCCUUCUGCAGUGAAAAGAAAUAAGACAACUGUGGCAAAGCUUUAUUCUCAAAUGCCCUUUGGGAAAUAUUGCAGAAGCAUUUUGAUUAAAUUGAAGGGCUUGAUGUUUGAUUGUGUGUGUGCAUAAUUGAUAAUUUUUUUUUAAUAAUCAAAUAGACACAAUUGCACAUCAAGACCUUCGGGAAAUAUUGCAGCAGCAUUUUGAUUAACAAACUGCAGUAGGUGAAGGGUUUGAUCUGUGAUUUUGUAUGUGCAUAUUUGAUCAUUAUUCAUAUCAAUAAAUCAUAUUUAUUUGAAAAACUGGGACUGUAUAUAGUAAUGUUCUAUGACAGCGAGUCUUCCAUCAAGAUUAGUUCAUGCACAAUAGAUUAAAGCCUCUGCUUUGAUGACCACAGUUGAUAACCUUGAUUUAAAUGAUUAAACCAUUUAAAAUACUAUUGAAACAAAUGUAUCUUGUAAACACUGCUACACGUGUCUGGAUCUUGAGGAAAGCCAUCCUUAUACAGUUAUACAAUCAAUACCAAACUCUAGCUUGGUUUUAAAACAAUAAUUGCCCUAAAUCUGCUACGCUUGAGGUUGUUCUACUCAGCUAAUUCAGUCUAGGAUUAACAAAUAGGGAAUGUUUGUCAUCUGUGCAUUGCCAAUAAACUUGCCGAACACA